AUGUUGAGAAACUUCAGCAAGAGGGCUCUCCCCCGCACUGCCCUUUCUCGGGGUCUCGCUACCCGCACCGCUGCCGGGCUCAGGCAGGGCGCCAACACGACCCUCGCUACCUCGUCGGCUCCUGCCAAGUAUGCCAUGUGGGGCAGCAGGACUCUGGCCACCCAGCCCGAGCCCAAGACCGCCAGCAAGGCCGAGGCCGAGUCCCAGGCCGUGGAUACCGACGGCAAGAUCGUGCAGAUCAUCGGUGCCGUCGUCGACGUCAAGUUCCCCGAGGAUGCCCUCCCGCCCAUUCUCAGCGCUCUCGAGAUUCAGGACCACAACAUCAAGCUCAUCCUUGAGGUUGCCCAGCACCUUGGUCGCGGUGUGUGCCGUACCAUUGCCAUGGAUGCCACUGAGGGUCUCCAGCGUGGCCAGAGGGUCAAGGACCUGAAGGGUCCCAUCACCGUGCCCGUCGGCGCCGCCACUCUUGGCCGCAUCAUCAACGUGAUCGGUGACCCCAUCGACGAGAAGGGUCCCAUCUACUCGAACAAGAGGAACCCCAUCCACGCUGCCCCUCCCACGCUCACUGAGCAGGGUGCCUCCGAUCAGAUCCUCGUGACCGGUAUCAAGGUCGUCGAUCUGCUCGCCCCCUACGCCAAGGGUGGUAAGAUCGGUCUUUUCGGCGGUGCUGGUGUCGGCAAGACUGUGCUUAUCAUGGAGCUCAUUAACAACAUCGCCAAGGCCCACGGUGGUUUCUCCGUGUUCGCUGGUGUCGGUAACGAUCUGUACCACGAGAUGAUCACGUCCGAGGUGAUCAAGCUGAAGGACCCCAAGACCCUGAAGGAGGGUGACCACAUCGGCGAGGGCUCCAAGGCCGCGCUCGUGUACGGUCAGAUGAACGAGCCCCCGGGUGCCCGCGCUCGUGUGGCCCUGACUGGUCUGGCCGUCGCCGAAUACUUCCGUGACGAGGAGGGCCAGGACGUGCUUCUCUUCAUCGACAACAUUUUCCGCUUCACCCAGGCCGGUUCCGAGGUGUCUGCCCUUCUGGGUCGUAUCCCGUCCGCUGUCGGCUACCAGCCCACCCUGGCCACCGACAUGGGUCAGCUCCAGGAGCGUAUCACCACCACCAUGAAGGGCUCCAUCACCUCCGUGCAGGCCAUCUACGUGCCCGCUGACGAUCUUACGGAUCCCGCCCCCGCCACCACCUUCGCCCACUUGGACGCCACCACUGUGCUCUCCCGUCAGAUUGCUGAGCUGGGUAUCUACCCCGCCGUGGACCCUCUCGAUUCGACCUCGCGAAUGAUGGAUGCCGAGAUCGUCGGUAAGGAGCACUACGACGUCGCCCGUGCCGUGCAGAAGACCCUCCAGGACUACAAGUCGCUGCAGGACAUCAUUGCCAUUCUCGGAAUGGACGAGCUGUCGGAGGAGGACAAGGCCACCGUCUACCGUGCCCGUAAGAUCCAGAAGUUCCUGUCGCAGCCCUUCCAGGUCGCCCAGGUCUUCACCGGUUUCGAGGGCAAGUUCGUCUCGCUCAAGGACACCAUCUCGGGCUUCAAGUCGAUCCUCGAGGGCAAGUACGAUCACCUGCCGGAGCCCGCUUUCUACAUGGUGGGAGACAUCGAGGAGGUGGUCCAGAAGGCCCAGAAGCUCGCCGCCGAUCUCGGUGGUGGCUCCGCCGCCAAGAAGGACGGCAAGGACGCCAGCGGCGCCAAGGUGUCGGGCAAGCGUGAGCUGACCCUCGACGCCUUCAACGACCCCUCGUACCCCGAGCUCAAGGAAGGCGACUUCGAGCUCAACGAGAAGUCCUUCAGGGUGUUCGCCGAGUACACCAAGAACGUGGCCAUCCCCUACGCCCGCGACCACGAGCUCAAGGAGUUCCCCGAGGAUGCCGCCAAGAUCAAGGCCAAGUACGACAACAUCCUCUCCAAGAUCGACGGCGAGACCGACGAGCUGGUCAAGGAGCUCCACGAUGCCUCGCAGAAGCACGACGCCGAGAGGAAGCGGAAGGAGCAGGAGGCUGCCCUCAAGGCCCAGAAGGCCGCCGCCCCCCAGGCCGCUGCCCACUAA